CCUGAGUCAACUCAGUCCGCAGUCAACACCGUGUGGGACAUGACCAGACUUCCAAAACCAUAUACGAUCAAUUUCAUUUCCUUCGAUCACGUCCUCCCCUAAACUUUACUUAGCUACUUGUUUCUAAAACCCAUAGCUUUCCCUCAAAUCGUUCUGCUUUUAAUCUAAGUUUCAUUUGAAUCUUUUGAACUCUUGGGGUGGUGUCCAUGGCAGAUGUAUUUGUUUCUUCCCUUGUGAAAACCAUCUUUGGGACCCUAAAUUCUCUAGCACUUCAUGAAUAUGAAAUCGCAAGUAAUUUGGAAACCGAGCUUCAAAAUCUCGAAAGCACUUUAACUACGAUUCAGGCCGUGCUUCAGGACGCGGAGCAGAAACAAUGGAAGAGUGAGGCCGUCAAGAAUUGGCUCAGAAAGCUCAAGGAUGUCGCUUACGAUGCUGACGAUAUACUCGACGAGUUUGCUGCAAAAGCUUUGAGAUGGGAAGCUAGAAAAAACAUGAGCAGCAAAGUAAGUGAUUUCUUUUCGUCGAAAAAUUCCGCCUUGUUUAAUUUCAAAAAGGCUCAUAAACUCAAGCAAAUUAGGCAAAGAUUAGAUGCUGUAGCGGAGGAGAAAAACAAGUUUCAUUUGACUGAAAAUGUUAGGGACUUAGAAACCGAUGAUAGGGAAUGGCGGCUAACUAGCUCACUGGUGAAUGAAUUUGAAAUAUUUGGAAGGAAUGAGGAUAAAGAAAACGUAAUCAAUGGGUUGUUGGCUAGUUCGUCUGAUCGAAAUGAUUUGUCCAUUUAUGCCAUUUGUGGUAUGGAUGGACUUGGAAAGACUACUCUUGCUCAACUGGUCUUUAAUGAUGAAAGGGUUGUAAUGGGUUUCGAGUUGAGGAUUUGGGUAUGUGUAUCCGAUGAUUUUGAAGUUAGAAAGUUGACCAAAGCAGUCAUCGAGUCCAUUGAUGGCAGCCCUACUGAUAUCAAGGAGCUCGACCCUCUGCAACGAUACUUGAAAGAAAAGUUGAGGAAGAAGCGAUUUCUUCUCGUACUAGACGAUGUUUGGAAUGAAAACAAUGAAAAGUGGGAUUGUUUUAGGAAGCCAUUGAAGGUUGGAGCCAAAGGCAGCGUGGUCAUGGUCACAACUCGAGUCGAGAAAGUUGCUCUUAUCAUGGCCACUCUUCCUACAUACCAUUUGGACUAUUUUUCGGACAACAAUUCUUGGUUACUCUUCAAGCAGCGUUCGUUUUUGAUGGAAAGCGAGGAGGGAUACGAAAUACUGGCAAGAAUCGGAAAGCAAAUUGUUCAAAAGUGCGGAGGGGUUCCUUUGGCCGUAAAAGCUCUUGGAAGUAUGCUGCGGUUAAAGCGUAGAAAAAAUGACUGGUUAUCUGUUAAAGAAAGUGAGAUCUGGGAGUUACCGGACGACGACAGGAGCGGAAUUCUACCUGCCUUGAGAUUAAGUUAUGACAACCUACCAUCAUAUUCAAGGCAGUGUUUUGCGUAUUGCUCAAUAUUCCCGAAAGACAGUGAAAUGGACAAAUCUCAGUUGAUAGAGUUAUGGAUAGCAAAUGGAUUUGUUCAUUGCAGAGGAAGAAGGGAUUUGCAUGAAAUUGGAGAUGAGAUUUUCCUCGAAUUAACUUGGAGGUCCUUCUUUCAAGAAGUUAAGGAAGAUAAUGAUGGCACCGUGACAUGUAAAAUGCAUGAUCUUGUUCAUGACCUUGCAAUUUCUAUAAUGAGAUUCGAAUGCUAUAUGUACGGCAACAAUGAGUGUUUUGAGUCUCCGAAAAAAAUUCGACACCUACAUAUUCCCAUUCAGCCUAUGCCUUCUUCUCUCCAUUUGGAAAGGGUUCUUGCAGACAAGCAAAGUAAUCUCAUGAAAAGCUGUUCGUCAGUGCGGUCACUCAUUCUCGGUGGCAUUUGUCUGACAGAAUCCAAUUUUCCUUCUUUGAAACAUGUGAGAGCAUUAGACUGCAAUAUAUUUCCAUUGCCGAAGUCGCUAGGAAAGAUGGUACACCUUAGAUAUUUAAAUGCACGUCGUGAAGGGAGCUUAUGCAUCACAAGAAUUCCGAAUUCGUUUUUUAACUUGGUGCACUUGACAUAUCUGAACUUGUCUCACAGUCGAAUCAGAAGAAUUCCGAAUUCCUUUUGUAACUUGGUGCACUUGACAUAUCUGAACUUGUCUUACAGUCGUAUCAGAAGGUUGCCAAAGUCUACCGCUUGCCUCCGAAACUUGCAGAUUAUGAAACUCGUGGGCUGUUGGUGUCUUCGUGAGCUACCCCAGGGAAUGAAGCAUAUGAGAAGCCUAAAAUGUGUUGAUCUCUCACAUCGUGAUUCUCUUGAGCGAACUCCACCCGGGAUUGGGAACCUGACUCAGUUGCUAGAACUAAGUAUAUUCAUAGUAAGGAAGGACCAUGGUUGUGGAAUAGGCGAGCUUAAAGAGUUAGACCUCGGAAAGGAGUUGUCUAUAAAGGAACUCGAUAAUGUGACAGGUUCAACAGAAGCCAAAAGUGCCAACUUGAUAAGGAAGUCGAAUCUCCGGUCAUUGAGUUUACUUUGGGGAAAGAAUGCAGGGGAAUUUCCAGAUAACGAAGAAGAGGUUCUUGGCUGUCUCCAACCUCAUUCUAAUCUGGAGUAUUUACGAAUAAGCUGUUAUCAAGGUUUAAGGCUACCUGCUUGGUUGAUUGAUUUACCGAAUCUGGUAUCAGUUGAGCUUGACCAGUGUAAAAGAUGUUCACAUCUUCCACCUCUAGGGGAACUACCGUUGCUUAAGGUUCUUAAAAUAAGGGGAAUGGAUGCUGUGAAGUGCAUUAGCAAUGAAUUUUAUGGAAAUGGGGUUAAUCCAUUCCCAUCAUUGGAGGAACUCUAUUUUGAGUCGCUGCCUAUUUUGGAGAAAUGGAAAACAGUCGACGGAAGGGGGGAUUUUCCUCGGCUACAAAUGUUGAUUUUCAGGAAAUGGCCUCAGUUAAUUGAAUUGCCAACAUUUCCAACCCUCAGGAAGCUUCGAAUUUGGACAAGGAAACACAACUUUCUUUUCCGCCCUGAUCUUGGUUCACUCGAGAUCCUUGACCUUUCUAGCUUGACAAUUUUUCCCAGUGGUUUGUUGCAAAAUCACACACACCUUGAGGAGUUGACGAUAGAAUCCUUACCCGAUCUCAAGUCUCUGUCAAAUAAGCUAGAUAAUCUAUCUAUGCUUAAACACUUGACCAUUAGGUGCUGCAACAAGGUUGAAGACAUCCCAGAAGCUAUCCAAAACCUCAAUGCUUUAGAGAGUUUGGCUUUAAGUCAGUGUCAUAGUCUUGUUUCGUUUCCUGGUAAUGGUUCCCGUUGCCCACCUUCAAUCCGUGUCCUGGAGAUUAUGUGCUGCGAUAGAUUUGCCUAAUUUUCUGAAGGGGUCAUGCGUUUGACACAUCUUGAGGAGUUGUCCCUUUUUGAUUGUCCCAUGUUGAAUACCUUACCGGCAGAAAUCCAGCAUCUAAAUGCUCUUC